AAAGGGCAAUCCGAUCGAAUCUUCCAGCAGCUGAAAAUCAUCCAUCUCCACUCAAUUUGCAAUUCGAUUUCACUCGAUCAUAUCACAGUCACCGUCCUUUAACUGGCUUACAAAUAGUACUGCGACGCUCCUCAUCAUCAGCCAACCUCCAACAACUUCACCAAUCGAGAAUCUUGAUUAGUACCCUUUCAGAAAGAAAAAAAACAAAACAUCAAAAAAAACACCGCGCCCCUUCACACACCUCUUCUCAUAGUGCAGAACAUGUCCGACUCCACCCGAGCUCCCGUUCUUACUCCCACCCUCCUUCCCGCCGGUCUGACCCCACACGUCCAGGCUGAGCAACAUUCCCAAUCCGAUGAUUUCAGUCCCUUGAAGCAGUACAACGGGGCGAUCUACAAAUGGACCCAGCAGCUCCUGCAGCACGCCCAACGGGCUAACCCCGAGAUGGCCGACAAGUCCUCCGUCACCAAGCAAGACAAAUCCGAUACCAUCACCACCAACCCGUCGUCCAACAAGUUCGCUUGAGGCUACCGGCAAGCCAAGGACCCCUCAAAACAUUGUCCCCCUCACUUUUUCUCAAGUCAUCUAGUCCUCGUCAAAACAAGCUAGCUAGAUUACCCAGCAUAGAGCACCUUUCCUAUUCUUCCUUACGUAUCAUCACUUCCCAACAAGCAAACCACUUUAUUAGAUUGUUCUUACUGGCUGUCACUCUUCCAAUGUAACACUAUCAAUCCAUGUUUCUCUAUCUUAAACCGCUUACUCGUCUUUCUUUGGGCAGAGAAACUAAAAGUCCUCGCUCAUUCCUAUCGAUUUUCAUGUAUUUAGGCUUCUUUGCUUUCUUUCGACAUAAGCUUCAACAUAUUAGAGUUGUUAUAUAUAGCUUUCGCAACCUCAACAUUUUGACGCUCAGUCCCUUGUUCAACUGGACCAACAGGCCAUAACAUGCAACAUGUGAGUCAGCCCAGUUGCCUCUAGAGUCUCAGAACCUGGU